AUGUUUUGCUGUACAGAAGGUUGCGGUUGGAGGAACCCAGACGGAGUGGGAUUCUCAAUUAAAAGCGAAGAAGGACAUUCUAAUUUUGGAGAGGUUCCAUGGAUGGCUGCUUUGUUGAAGAUUGAAAAUACUGACCUUAAGGAGCCGUUGAACAUUUAUAGUGGUGGAGGCUCUCUUAUCCACCCGAGCGUUGUGCUAACUGCCGCCCAUCUUGUGGCUGAUAAGCAACCAGAAAUGUUAAAAAUCAGGGUCGGCGAAUGGGAUACUCAAACCAAGGCCGAGAUUUACCCGCAUCAAGACAGAAACGUCGCUAGUGUGCUAAUACACGAAGACUACGACAAAGGCUCCUUGAAAAACAACAUUGCUCUACUGUUUUUGGCAAAGCCUGUGGAACUAGCCCCAAAUGUAGGGGUCGUAUGCUUACCACUGCCUCAUAAUAAGGCACUACCGGGCACCAAAUGCUACUAUACGGGCUGGGGAAAAGAUAAAUUCGGUAAAGAAGGACACUACAGUACAAUACUUAAGAAGGCCUCCGAGGAUCCACUGGGCAGCUCACUGCCGGAUGGAUUCACGGAGGAAUCCCACACACAUCCCCCGUUGCCUGCCGAGUUGACACGUAACUCCGAUGGUAGCUCGGCUUGGCGGGUACACACGGUGCUCAGCUUUGGUAGCUCACUGCUGGACAAAUCUAUACAUGGAUAUGCUAUGACCACGGGUCUAGACACUAUAUGGGUGGUGGAACGUCCACAACUAGUUCACACACGACGCGGUACACAAACGUUGUGCUCUCUUCAGCGCGCAGCAAGCUAG